AUGCGCUUCAACGUCCACGAAAUUCCAGCCCUGCAGUGGUUCUUCUCGCUGCCAGCCUUUCCUGCCGCUUCGGAUACAAAGAAUGAGAACUUGGAGGUUCGAAUGGAUUCCCACUAUCCCAUUUUCAUCGCGAGUAAGGGUGAAGCUGACCCACUGCUCAAGAAGCAAAAUGUUGGCCAUCUUUUGAGACUCGGUGUGAAGCCGCUCAUUCAAUCAGCCUAUCAGACGCCUUCAUUGUCACCAGCUCAACACCGGUAG